AUGUCGCACGUGACUGAGAGUGUCCUCCCCCUCCGCCGCGAUGCUGCCGCGCACAUCGUCGGCCAUCCCGAUCGUGGAUCCGGGGUCUCGGACUGCGACUCCGACGAAGAAGGCCACCACCCCUCCCCCUACCGCUCUCAAGUCUCCGCCCGAAUCCCCCUCGGCAAGCAAGUCUCUUGGAGUACAUGCACCCGUCUUUGUUCCCAGAUUCACUACCGGGAGCGAGCAAGUCAGCCAAGUACCGACUCCCCACCGUCCGAGACAACAGAAGACCCGUUCUCGGCCAACUAUCACCAUGUUCAGUACGAGCCUGGCGCCUAUGCGCCUUACUACGCACCGCUCUUGUCCCAGUACACUCUGGAGCCCCUUGACUUUCACAACUAUCACCCGAAUGCACCUCGACAUAGUGUUUCUCGCUCCCAUUUCAUGACACCCGAUCUCCGGGACGAGCUGCAUCGGAAGCAGGACGCGUUUUAUCAGACGCCAUUCGGUCAUCCUACUCCACCUCUCCCCGACGAGGUCCACGCUUAUCACUCCUUGGCUAUAUUGGAACCCGCGCCUAGCCAAAGCUUUCUCGGAGGGUUCUCCACGUCGGUCUAUCGAGCAGUAAAUAGCAGGGAUGGGAAUACAUAUGUCCUCUAUCGAGUAGAAAAUUGUAGACUCCCGCACGACUCGGCCCUUACCACAAUGAAGCCUGGUCAAAUAUGCCUCACCCGAGUAUCCGCUCGUCGUGGUUUACGAAUACCAUCCACUGCACGCACUCUUCAAGCCCAACACCUUGCACCCUCGACGCCACCCGGAGCCAACUCUCGCUCCCAACAAUCAUCCCCCACUAAACCCCGGACCUUUUCCCCGAAUCGCAACUUUCCCCCCGCUCACUUUGGUCCUACAUCCCCCACAUCCCAGUAUGCCGGCUCCCCGCCCUUUAAUUCGCCUGCAUUCGCUCCGGGAUCAACAUUCGGCAGUCCAAAUGCCCAAUCUUACGGCUUUCCCAGAGCUUUUCAGGUUACUCAUUCCAGACACCACCGGGCCGAGCAAACUCUCUCCCAGCCUCCGCCUCGAUUGCCCAAGCCCUCUCGCAAUCCGCAUCGUUCAACUCGUUUGCAGGCGCGUUCUCUCCGCAAUCCCAAUUUUCUCCUCAAAUGCACCCACGAGCGAGCACUCAGGGAUCGUCCCUGGAUGAACGAUGUUGUGGACGUGUUUGGAUGCCAACGGGUGUUGGUUACGGGCGUCGGUCGAGUUCGGAUAAAUACUGUUGGUCUUGUUGAUAUCAUGACUUAUGACGGCCAACCUACACCUGAGGUUUAUCUGCAAGAGGAUCUUUUGUCCCUUGGGUCUCUUCUCCUCCAGUUAGUCUGCGGCACAUCCAACCUUUCUCAGUUGUCGAUCCAGUCGCCUACAAACCAGUCACCCUCUACAAGACGAACCAACAACAAUGCCAACUCGGUGAACCAACAGAACCUUGCCUCGGCCCAAGCUUUAAGCAGGUUUUCUCCGUUGUUGAGGCAGACGGUGGUUUGGCUUGUGACGCCAGCGGUGGGCAAGACUAUCGAGCAUUUAUUCAAGGAGAUUAGUCCGGCGAUUAUCGGCGCCGAGAUGGAUGCAAUGCUCGACCAAGCCGACACGCUCGAAUCCGAACUCUCUCGCGAACUCGAGAACGGGCGGCUAGUCAGGUUGCUCUGCAAAUUCGGAUUCAUCAACGAACGACCAGAGUUCGACCACGAUCCACGAUGGGCUGAAACGGGCGACCGAUACAUUAUCAAGCUCUUCCGCGAUCACGUGUUCCAUCAAGUCGACGCGCGCGGAAAGCCGGUACUGAAUCUGACGCAUGUACUCGUAAACUUGAGCAAGCUCGACGCGGGUAGCGAGGAACGACUGAUGCUCGUUUCUCGAGACGAACGUAAUUGCCUGGUCGUCUCGUACAAGGAAAUCAAGACGUGCAUCGAGAAUGCUUAUCGCGAUUUGGCCAAGUAA